AUUUUCUGUUUAACAAGCGUGCCCAUGAAUUGGCCAUGUUGAAUACAGGUCGGAACAUCUCUGUUUCAAAGAGGCAGCCUUGAUGCCCCCGAGCCCCUGACCUUCACUCAGCCUCUAUCGAAGGGUUAGGGUUGGCACUGGAUAUGGUGGGGCAGGCAAAGUUCAUGCUUUGGUCGUCCUCGUCGUCCAAAGUGGAAAGUUUCGACCAUUCACUCACUUACAUCCUGCAAGCGCAUUGCACUUACCCUCUGAAUCCAUCCCGGCGACUAACUCACACCUGCCGAAAGAAUCGCCAUGGUGUUCCUUCCUACAAACUACCUCUAGUUGUGCUCUAAUUACACAAAUUACUAACCACGGCAAAAGAGGCAACCACCACGGCACCAUGAGCGACGAGCCCAAGUCCCAACAAAAGUUUCUCCCUUUGAGGGAACUCAGCCUCAACUCACGGCCCCUGGUGAAGCGUGCCAUUGCCUUCUCAUGUGAUGGGGAGCUGGCCGUAGCCGCUGACGACUCCGUCCAUGUCUACGUCCCAGAGUUUCCAGACCUUACUAAACGACGGCAGGAGAAGGAGAAGAUGGCCCAAGCACAGGUCCGGCACCACCAAAUCUUCAUUCCUGGCUUGCACUCCCCGGAGCCCAAUGGCGACACUCCGUCAACGUCCUGGUCUGAUGAUGAGGAAGGCCAGAGCAAAAGCCGGCGCAACAACCCGAGAGCCCAGUUCUCCGAAGGCAGCAAGCACAUGCCUGUCUCCUACCCACCACUAGAUCCACGAAUCAACAGGGAGCUUUUCCAGACGCAGAACCUUCCGUUUCCCUACGACAAUCAAGCAGCUGCCAGCGGUAACGACGAUGGCGACUCUGAUAGUGAGGACGACGUCUCGGAUGCGCCGAGCUCUGCCGAUGACUCCGAUGAUGACGGUAUCGGCGCCCAUCAGCGCGCCAAUCAACCUUUUGGCGCUGGUUUCGGACCCAUUACUGGCGUGGGCAGUAGCAUGAACCAUGUUGUGAGGAUAGCUUGGUCGCCCUCCGGAUUGGGGCUCAAUCGGCGACCUAUACUCGCCAUCUUAACGGGCUCUGGAACUCUAGCCAUGUACGGAGACGAUAGCGCUGUGGCCAACAUUUUACCGAGGGCAAACGAAGGAAUGCUGCAGCGCAGGGAAUUGAUAUCCUGGAGCGUGCUUUGGGGCGUUGGCGAAAGGUUAAUGGUACCCGGCCAACAACUUGCCCUGACGGAGAACAUCCACGGAUUUGCUUGGGCAAAAGAGAUCGCGCCUGGACAAGCCCUUCUCGCUACGAUCAAUGAUCAGAGAGAAGUGGCCUUGAUCAGUGUACAGAGCAUGCUAAAGGUUGACGAAACGAGGAGUAAAAGCAACAUUUCCUUACUGGUCGAGUCCAAGGAAAGCUUGGUGUGGUAUGUGAAUGAGGUGGCGAGGUUCCAGUGUUCAGGGCCUCAUCCCAAGGGAAAUGUUAUGGAUCCAGACUGGGUCCCCUUUGGCACAUCAUUCGGGAUCAACUUCAGCCCAUGGGUAGAAGAAGGGGGUGGACGCAGUUGCCUUCUUUCCUACGUCGACAGGAACUAUGUCGGUUUCCGUAAAAUUACGCUUGCCUCUAACUGGAAGCGAGGAGAGCUGCCGGAACUCAAGUUUGAGGAGACAGACACAUACGGCAGAUGUCUUCACCUUUCGACAGACUCCUUUGUGGAGUUUGAAGACGCUGUAUGGAAUGCAGGCAGGGUCAAGUACUGUCGUGGACUUAUCGUCGCGGGCUUUAACUACAAGCCAUUUGAGGUAGCGCUCAUUGGCGGUGCGGAAUACAGCUGUGAGCCUCAUGAUUCAAGUGAUUGUGAAACGACAUACAUAGACGAAGCUGUUGACCUGCCAUCAACAAAUCCUAUCAUCGACCUCGUCAUCCACCGUCCAGACCUUAAGAACCAGACACCUGUUCCGCUGUUUACACUUCUUCGCAUGUCGGCAACCUCUACCAAUCUUGACUGGUACGAGACAAAUGUGCCAGCCCUUCCCGGUGAAGUUGCUACGUCGAUUAACGAGGAUAGUGACCUCGUUAAUUCGCCUAGCAAGACUCACGAGCCGCAAUGGGUGACUCAGGUUAUGCAAAAGUUGGCCGUCAGUGUUCCCGCUGACAUGCAUUUCAAACGGGGUUAUGGGGAUGAUGAUGCUUCCGUGGUGUCUGACGAGUCGGAUGAGGACGAAGAUCUGGACGACGAUGAUUUUUAUGGCAAUGACGAUGAUAACACCAUCGACAUCGCUAACAACGGAAAAGACGCGAUGGCAGUGGCACCAGAGGUCCCUGAAAUCCACCCGCAUCGGUUCAGACUACACGGCCUCACGGUGUCACCAGGUGGCAAUGUCACUGCAAUGAUUGCUAGUUUACACAGCACGCAGCAUCCAGAACGUGGUGGGUGGCAUACGGUACGAUCGACAGUGUUCUUCGGAACCUUGCCGCGAAAAAGGGGCGCUACACUACCUCGGAAUCAGGCCGAUGAAGUGCAGGAGGCCACAGAGAAAGAGAAGGAGAGAGACGCCGAAGAAGCUAUUGACCCAGCCCUCCGUGGACCUGAAAGGCCCGUGACACCACCACCGGUGCCAAAACGGAAGUCUUUCACCAAACCAGCAGAAUCUCAACAAUCCCAAUCGAGGCUGACGACUGAAGCCCGUCUUUUCGAAUGGCUAUACGGCGGUGGCGACGAAGUCCCCGGCGUGACCAUCAAUCACCCCUCCAACCUCAUCAACCUCAACGCUCCAGAACACCAGUUCCCCCAAAAGCUCAACACGCUGUUUGCGUACGCCAUAGCGCGCCAGAAAUGCGACCUCUGCGGCGCCAGAAUCUUGCCACCUGCCAAACAACGGCAGAACCACCAACAACAGCAAAAAGACAAACGCAGCGACCUGAGCGGCUGUGAGAACGGCCACUUCUUCAGCGUGUGCACGACAAGUGGACUGGCGAUCCAAAUGCCUGGAAUCACGAGGAACUGCGGCGCUUGUGGAUCGAGGACCAUGCGGGCGGAGAUCUUGGCUAGGAAAUGCAUUCCUGCUAAUCCCAAGUUUGCGGAUGAGGACAAGCAGCAGCAGGAGAAGGACAAAGAUGGCGAUGUGGAGAUGCAGGAAGGUGAAGGUGAUGAGGAUGCCCGUCCCCUGACUGAAGAGGAACAGCUGGAUAUUAAGAGGAAGAAUGCUGAGAAGAGGAUUAGGGGAGAGAUUAUCGCGAUGUUGGGGGAUGGGAUUUGUGGUGGGUGUGGAGGCAAGUUCUUGAAUUAACAUCCACAGUACAGAACCUCGUGCACUCUUACAAAUGAGAAGACUGUAUAGAGAUAGACUGCUUUGAGAGGGAUGAAGUCUCGUUAAGAGACCAUAUUAUGUGAGAUCGAGGUAGUAGACCGUUCAUUCAAGAAACAGGCG